GCCGCCGGUGGUGCUGAAAAUCACCAAUAAUUAUCCAGCUCAACGAGCAUCCUUUUCGAAGCGCGACGCUUAUCCGCAGCGUCUAUCCGGCGCAAAAAUGAUGUGCCAGUCAGCAUUAGUGGUGGCUCUAAUAUGUGGCCUUGGUGUACACCUGGUGCAUUCGCAACCCGGAUCGAAAUCUCAGGUUAUCGAACUGGACGAAUCAAACUGGGACCGAAUGCUUACCGACGAGUGGCUAGUCGAGUUCUAUGCACCGUGGUGUCCCGCUUGUAAGACCCUCGCACCAACCUGGGAUGACCUUUCGACGUGGUCGGAUGAUCUGAAUAUUAAGACUGCCAAGGUGGAUGUGACGUCAUCGCCGGGUCUGAGCGGAAGGUUCUUUGUCACAGCGCUGCCAACAAUAUUCCACGUGAUAAAUGGCGAAUUCCGCCAGUAUAAAGGUCCUCGGGACAUGGAAUCGUUCAUGACGUUUGUCGAGGAGAAGAAAUGGGAAUCGCUAGAGCAGGUUUCGGCGUGGCGCAACCCGGAUUCGAUUCAAAUGUCGCUGGUAUCGUUGUUCUUCAAGCUUUCACACUUCUUGAAAGAAUUGAACACGAUGCUGUUGAAGGAGUACGGCUUGCCGGUGUGGGGCUCGUACACGUUGUUCGGAAUUGGGACAGUUUUGCUGGGUGCAAUCUUCGGACUCAUACUGGUGUGCAUAAUCGAUUGUCUGUUCCCGCCCAAGUCCGGCCAGCGGCAAAGCUUCUCCGAACACAAGCAGAAAGUGCGCGCCGAAAAGGUACCAGAAGAGCUGCGUGGUGACGAGCUGGUGGAUGAGGACGAAGAAAAGCGAACCGCCGAUGCUGAUGGCGAGUACGACGACGAUGAGGCGGAAGAGGAUGAGAACGCCGAAACGGACCCGGAAGAAAAGGAAACCUCGGAGGGCGAAAAGUAUUCCGGUAGUGACAAUUCGGAGGAUGACGAAUCGACCACCGCCAAGAAGGGAGAGGACAAAAAGGAAGCCGAACCAGUCGUGGAAGAAAAGAAGGAAAAGACCACCACCAGUCCAGACGUGAGAAAACGCAAACCCAGAAAAGCAGACUAAAGGUUCGACGUGUGAAACUAUGUGUUACGUUAGCGAGGCACGUGGAUGAUAUUGCUACAUUAAGGCAUAUAACUUUUCGAUUCAUUUUUUUUGUUCACAUCGUGGAACGAUUUACAAUGCACGGUAUAUGAAGCGUUGUUGCAUAGAUGAUAAAUCCUUGAGUGAUAAAAUCUUCAGAAACUGCCCCGCUCAAGAUAACUCCACGGAGGUAGAUACUAACAGUGUCUUCGUUUACGUUUUGCAUUUAAUUUUUUGCAUUAUCAGCCUACAUUUUCCAAUACUUUCUACAUUCUCUAUUAUUCCUCAAUUUAUCUGCUCAAUUAAAUCUUUUUUAAAAUAAUUUUGCUUAGCGUCAUAUGUGUACAUUUAGUAUAGUUAUCACUUACUUACAGUACGUUAAGGACUCCUAUUAUGUAGACAUAUUUGUGUGUUGAUUGCGUUACUAAAGGCUUGCAACUGAGCUGGCUAUUUUUCACGUCUAGCGGAGGCAAAUACUUGAAAAUCUCCUACAAGUACAUGGGCGGGCACCAAAAAGGGCAACACUGUGUUAAAACUUCAUGCUUACGAAGUCGGUCCAUAAGUAAAAAUUCACUACUUAAAAAAACUGGCAGCUAACAACAUACAUGCAAUCCAUGGGCUAGUUGAGACCGAUUCGAAUUACUAUACAAGUUUAAAUACAUCAUCAUUUGGUGGAACGUAAACCUACCGAAUAAACCAUAAAGAAGAAGACGGUAAGGGGCGUGUACGCGCGCAUGUUCAGCAUAUUCAGUGUAAGCGUAAAUUUACAUUUCCUUUUUUUUCUUGCCUGUUCGUUGCCUAUUUCGUUCUUAGCUCUUCUUUUCUCAUGUGACCCGCACAUUGAUAAUUUAAUAAAUAACCCCUCGUUAUUACUGUACGACCCAACUCCUGAGAGAACAUAUGUGAAACAGGGAGGUCAAAACGCACGAAAGAAAUGUAAUAAAAGUCAUUACGAGAAUUUUGUCGAAAUAAA